AUGGCGUCGUUGCCGACCGAGGAACUCAGGGCCAGUUAUCGAUCCCAACUUACAGCAUCAACGGGACCAGGGACACUGGCUACUGAGAGGAGUAGCAUCGCAACUAAAAAUAGCUCCAUAAAUUCUAUUUACGGCGUGGUGGACGACAAUUUUAGUAUCGAUGAUGUGAUGGGCAUGUAUGAGAGAGGAUUCUACGAUGAUUCGGCUCCUGAGGAAGAAAACAACGAUAUGGUGGACUCAAGGCCUCCGACGGCAAAAUCGGAACUGAGUAGGAGAAAGACCGCUAUGCUGGAGGCGAUGACCGAUCUAUUACCAAUGCCUGAAUCACCGGACAACAGUCCAGUCACAGAAGAUUCGGCCGCUAGUUUCCGUGACCCUGAUAUUCCUGAUUUACGAGACUCCAUACGAGACUCCACACAGGACUCCACACGAGAAUCCAUGCGAGAAUCCGUACGCGACUCCUUGCCUGAAGAGGCCUUGGAGGAAAUGUCUCAAAGUAUCCUCGAAGACCCCGAUGCUGAGCAAGAUAUUGAAGAAGACAUGGAACACGGUCCUGUUGAAUUAAAUCCCAUCGAGUCCGAGCCAGAAGACGACCCAAUGCCUUCUCCGCCGUCACGCCAACCGACCGAGUUAACGAUUCCCGAGGAGGACGAUGAGCGAGAUCGCUAUGGUUUCAAGAAGAGCAAUCAAUACGUAACCCGAGAACAGUAUGAUGACUGGAAUCAAGGAUACACCGAGUAUCUGGCUAGGCGACGGAAGAAGUGGGCUGCCUUUUUAAGGGAGCAUGGGCUCAUGACCGACAAUCCCAACCGAUUCCCUCCCCGAUCGAACAAGACGAAGCGGUUUGUACGCAAGGGCAUCCCCCCUGAUUGGAGGGGGGCGGCUUGGUUCUACUACGCUGGCGGUCCGGCUGUCCUUUCGAAACAUACAGGCAUGUAUGAUAGUCUUUUAAAACAAAAGGCUAAGGAUGUCGAUGUCGAGGCUGUCGAGCGUGAUCUGCACCGCACCUUUCCGGACAACGUCAAGUUUCGCUCUUCGCGGCCAUUGAAUACCUCUGGGGGUAACAAUCCUCAAUCUCCUAAGGAUGACGGGAGCACAAGCACGCUUACCGAAAUGCCGAUGAUCUCGUCCCUACGUCGUGUUCUGCAUGCAUUCGCCAUAUAUAAUCCGCGAAUCGGCUACUGCCAGUCACUGAACUUCUUAGCAGGCCUUCUGUUACUCUUCGUGGAAACCGAGGAACAUGCUUUUUGGCUACUUAACAUCAUAACGAGAGUGUAUCUUCCAGGGACUCACGAAACAAGUCUAGAAGGUGCUAACGUCGACCUGGGAGUAUUAAUGUCUUCGCUACGAGAGUCUAUGCCUCAGGUGUGGGCUAAGAUUGGAGGUGAGCUGGACGGUACGGAUGCUGUAUGGCCGAAGAGUUGGAAGCAUAGACGCAAGUCCGAAUCGACACGACUACCACCUAUUACCCUGUGCAUGACUGCUUGGUUUAUGAGCUGCUUCAUCGGUACGCUACCUAUCGAGAGUGUCCUUCGUGUAUGGGACGUGUUCUUCUACGAGGGGUCGAAGACUCUAUUCCGAAUAUCUCUAGCAAUAUUCAAGAUCGGCGAAGGUGAGAUUAGGGCCGUGGCAGAUCCUAUGGAGAUCUUCCAGGUGGUUCAGACAAUCCCUCGCCGACUCAUCAAUGCCAACGGGCUGAUUGAGGCCUGCUUCAGACGCCGCAACGGUUUCGGUCACCUUAGUCAGGAGACAGUCGACCAGAAGCGACAAGAAAGAAGAACCCAGGUCAAAGCCGAGCGGGAGAAGUUAGCAAAUAACCUCAAUGUACCGGGCGCCGAUGCAGACAUAAAGAGAAAAGUUACUCUUUUUGGUCGGCGCAGAGAAAGGGAGCCGACUCCUGCCGAAAUAGUAUAA